AUGACAAGCAUCUUUUCGUCAAACCGUCAUACUACAAGGCUGACUUGUGGGUUCAAAGUGAACACUAGCUCUCCCGAAUGGCACAAGAGCAUGACAAAAAUUCUCAAGAAAAUCAAAGGAGGAAACUUUUGGAUAGACGUGGACGAAGGAAUGGCAUACGUAACGGGUCAAGGCGACCCAAAGAAGCUACUGAAAUUGAUGGCUUCAAGGAGAGGCAAAGACGCUGAAAUGGCCUUUGUGAAAACCGGAACACAUAAUCAUUCCAAUUUUGGCAACAACUAUCAAAACUCUUACUUUGGCCAAUCAACGCCUUAUUGGCCUGGCGAUAUGAACAGCUACCAUCCAUCAUCGUCUCACGGUUACUACCCUUCGGCACAGCCGGUGAUGCAACCUUACCAACAACAGUUUCCAUAUCCGGGUGGAUAUGGUUACGGUUAUUAUUAA